UUUGUUGGCGUUCUGUAGUUUGAGUUCUUCCAAAAUGGCUGAACAAAUACCAUUCAAUACUAUAGCUAACGUUUUAACCAAGUUAGGCUCCUCGGCUUUUCAACAAAUUGGAUCUGCGUUUGAUGUGACAAAAGAGUUGACGAAGAUUACGAAGAAGCUGCACACCAUCAAAGGUGUACUGGUUGAUGCUGAGAAGAGGCAGGAGGAGAGCGAUGCAGUAAAAGCUUGGGUGAGGAGGCUCAAAGAUGUUGUGUAUGAUGCUGAUGACUUGUUGGAUGACUUUGAGACGCUUCAGCUGCAGCGUGGAGUAGCAAGGCAGGUCUGUGACUUCUUCUCGUCUUCCAAUCAAGUUGUAUUUCGUUUUAAGAUGACUGAUAGACUCAAGGAUAUCAAAGAAGAGGUUGAUGAAAUUGUGAAAGAAAUCCCUAUGCUAAAACUUAUUCAAGGGAAAGUAGUUCACAGGGAGGUAGAGAGUAGUCGGAGAGAGACUCACUCAUUUGUGUUGACCUCUGAAAUGCUAGGAAGAGAUGAAGAGAAAGAGGAGAUAAUAAAAUUGUUGGUGUCAUCCGGGAAUGAAAAAAAUCUUUCUGCUGUUGCCAUCAUUGGAAUUGGAGGGUUGGGUAAGACCACCCUUGCUCAGCUGGUAUAUAAUGAUAUGAGAGUAGUUGACUUUUUUGAGCUUAAGAUAUGGAUUUGUGUUUCUGAUGAUUUUGAUGUAAAGUUGCUGGUUAAAAAAAUUUUGGAAUCCUUAAGUGGUGGAGAUGUAGAUUUGGGGUCAUUAAACGUUUUGAAAGAUUCCCUGCAUGAAAAACUAAGGCAGAAGAGAUACUUGCUAGUACUUGAUGAUGUUUGGAAUGAUGACUCCCAAAAAUGGGAGGAAUUGAGGACCUUGUUAAUGGUUGGUGAUAAAGGGAGUAGGAUUCUAGUAACCACCCGAAAUAGAAACGUUGCAUCAACUAUGGGUAUUGAUCAUUUUCCUUUUUCUUUGAAAGGUUUGAAAGAAAACCAGUCUUGGAAUUUAUUUUUAAAAAUAGCAUUUGAAGAAGGACAAGAAAGACUGUAUCCAAGCCUUGUAGAAAUUGGAAAAGAAAUUGUAAAUAUGUGUAAAGGAGUUCCUCUUAUCCUCAAAACACUAGGAGCAAUAUUGCGCAUUAAAACUGAAGAAAGUAUGUGGUUGUCCAUUAAAAACAACAAAAAUUUGUUGUUAUUGGAAGGUGAAAAUAAUAAUAGUGUUUUAUCAGUGCUCAAGUUAAGCUAUGAUGCUCUACCAUUCCAUUUGAAGCAAUGUUUUGGUUAUUGUGCGUUAUUUCCAAAAGACUAUGAGAUUGAGAAAAAAGUGUUGGUACAAUUAUGGAUGGCACAAGGAUAUAUUCAAGCUUCAGGUGUAGGAAACUGGUAUUUUGAGGAAUUUUUGUCAAGAUCAUUAUUGGAGGAGGUUACAAAAGAUGCAUAUGAUAAUACAUCAUAUUACAAAAUGCAUGAUCUUAUACAUGAUCUUGCACAAUCAGUUGUUGGAUUUGAGGUCCUUUGUUUAGGAAAUAAUGUGAAGGAGAUCUUGGAAAGAGUUUAUCACGUUUCAUUCUCUAAUUCGUUGAAUCUUACGGGGAAGGAUUUGAAGCUAAAACACACAAGGACCAUGUUGAAUGUUAAUAGAUAUUCUAAAAAUGAUUCAGUUGUGCGUACUCUUAUUCCAAAUUUUAAGAGUUUACGUGUGUUGAGCCUACAUGGAUUCAGUGUAAAAAAGGUGUCGAAAUCUUUAGGCAAAAUGAGUCAUUUAAGAUAUCUGGAUCUUUCAUACAAUAAUUUCAAGGUACUCCCACAUGCUAUUACAUGGUUGUAUAAUUUGCAAACAUUAAAACUUAUUAAUUGUGGGCAUGUAAAAAAAUUUCCCAAGGAUAUGAGGAGAUUGAUUAAUCUUAGGCACUUGGAGAAUCAAGGGUGUGGGAGUUUGACUCAUAUGACAUGUGGGAUAGGAGAGUUAUCUUUGCUUGAAAGCCUACCACUGUUUGUUGUUGGAACUGGGAGUAAAGUUGGCAGAUUGAGUGAAUUAAAAAUGCUGAACAACCUCAGAGGAGAGUUAUGGAUUGAAAAGCUUGAAAACGUGAUGGAUGCUAAGGUAGAAUCCAGGGAAGCAAAUUUGGUCGAAAAACAAUACAUCGAGUCCUUGGGAUUACAAUGGUCAUAUGGUCAAGAAGAACAGUCAGGUGAGGAUGCUGAGUCAGUGAUGGUAGGCCUCCAACCACAUCGAAACCUAAAGGAUCUCUUUAUAAUAGGAUAUGGAGGUAAGGGAUUUCCAUGUUGGAUGAUGAAUGGUGAAUUGAGUACCAUGCUCCCUAACCUCACCACAAUUUAUUUGGCAUCAUGUUUAGGAUGUCAGACUCUACCAUGCAUUGUUCGACUCCGUCACCUCAAGUCUCUGAAGCUUCAUCAUCUGGGAAAGGUGGAGUACAUGGAGUGUUCAUCAGAAGGGCCAUUCUUCCCAUCUCUUCAAAAUCUCUAUCUGAGUUCUAUGCCAAAGUUGAAGGAAUUAUGGAGGAGGGACUCAGCAACACAAUCACCUCCUUCAUUUCCUUGUCUUUCACUAUUGCUGAUCAACAAGUGUGAUGACUUGGCAUCCUUAGAAUUGUAUCCGUCUCCUUGUGUUUCUAGUAUAGAAAUCACCUUUUGCCCUAAGUUGACAUCCUUACUACUACCUUCAUCUCCUCUUCUUUCACAAUUAGAGAUUAGGUAUUGUGGUGACUUGGCAUCCUUGGAACUGCAUUCAUCUCAUCUUCUUUCUAGUUUAUACAUCUCCCAUUGCCUUAAGCCCACAUCCUUGAAACUGUCUUCCUUACCUUGCCUUGAGAGUCUGUGUCUGAAUGAAGUGAAAGAGGGGGUAUUGCGGGAGUUAAUGUCGGCCACUGCUUCUUCAUUGAAGUCUGUGAGGAUUCAAAACAUAGAUGAUUUGAUGUCUCUCCCAGAUGAGCUUCAUCAACAUAUUUCCACUCUUCAAACUCUCAAAAUUGGGGACUGCUCUCAUUUUGCAACAUUACCACAUUGGAUAGGCAACCUCACCUCGCUUACACACCUUCGAAUCACAAAUUGUCCUAAAUUGACAUCAUUACCCCAAGAGAUGCAUUCCCUCACUGCCCUACACACACUCUCAAUUGACUACUCUUGUGGUUUGACAUCAUUACCAAACUGGAUAGGCGGCCUCACCUCGCUGACUGAUCUUGAAAUUGGUUCUUGUCCUGAAUUGACUUCAUUGCCAGAAGAAUUGCAUUCUCUUAGAAUCCUCAAGAGUCUCACAAUUCACGACUGGUCUAGUUUGACAACAUUACCAGCUUGGAUGGGUAGCCUCUCAUCACUUGAAUACCUUCAAAUUCGUAAAUGCCCUAAAUUGACAUCACUGCCGGAAGAGAUGCGUUCCCUCACAACCCUCUACCUACUCGAAAUCUCCGACUGUCCACACUUAUCUAAAAGAUGCCGAAGGGAAAAAGGUGAAGACUGGCCCAAGAUUGCUCAUGUCCGAAUAAAAGUGGAUGACGGGUUUGAUGCAGAAAUCCAUUUCAGCUGAAUAAGAAGUUCAGUGAGGAACUAAAUCUGAUUGAAGCUCACAUUGGCCUCCUCUUCAUGGAAGUCUCAAAAUAUCUCUGCCAGAGGUGGGACUGUGACACCUCCCUUGUCUCGAGGACUGUAAACUGUCUGUGUAGAGAAUAAUGUAUUUGUCUUAGCGUAUUCAGCAUGUCACAGCCGUUGAGAAGAACUUCAUCUGUUAGAGAAUGAGGAUGAUAGCAACCAUAUAUUUCGGGUGAACUAUUUUAUUGAAGAUGUAAUUGUUGCCACAUCAAAGUAAAACCUGAUAGCGUUGUAAGCAAAAGGAGAUAGCGUUGUGGCUGAAACACCUCAUUUCCCUUCAGUAACUGGAAAGCAAGGAUUCUCUUUUGCAAUGAUUCCACACCUCACUUUUCUGGAGCUAUUGAAAAUUCAAAGCUGUUGUGUCCUAAUGUGUCUGUCUCAAGUGAUUCCUAAUCACUACCCUUGAAGCCUCACAAGCUAUCUCUAUGGUUUGGCCUUCAGUUGUUGACUACCCUGAUAUGAAAGCACUUCCAGAAGAGAUGCGCCAUGAGCCUACUAUCUAAGCUUAGAAACAUGCUGAAAGGAAAACUCAAAGACUAACCUCUUGAAAUUUCUCAAGUUCCCACAAUUGAUGUCGACUAGAAAUGAUGGUUGAUUCUUGAAUUGAUCUUGCUCUCUUCAGUUCAAGCAUGUCAUCUACAGUAUGUUUUAGGUGUUAAUAGUUUUCAAGAUAAUGCAAAAAAAGGUGAUGGUGAAGAUAAGUUGAAUAUUGCCUACGCCUUCUGAUAUAUCUUGACAAGCUAUUGAGAGCUGGUGCAAUAGGAAAGGCUUUGCUCACUUGCUGAGGGACAGACUCUCUUCUCUGUUCUAAAUUGACAACAUUCCCAGGCUGGAUAAGCAGGCUCACAUUACUUGCAGAGCUCCGAAUUCAUUCUUGCCCUCAAUUGAUAUCACCACUAGACGAGAUGGAUUCCCUCAGCACUCUACAAAGACUCACAAUUUGGGACCGUUCUAGUUUGACAACAUUACUAAACUGUAUUGGUAGCCUCACAUCAGCUGUUCUUGUUUAGCAGCUUUAUCAGACUGAAUAACCAUCCUGACCUCUCUUAAUGAGCUUCAGAAUGAUGUCAGCCUUAAAUUGAAAUCACUGCCAGAGGGGGAUGUGUCCCCUCAGCACUUCAAUGUUCUCGAAAUUGACAUGGAUGGCUGAUUCAUAAAGAAUUUCUGUUCUAUAAUUCAAGCAUGUCAUCUACAAUAUAUUUCAGAUGUAAUUGGUGUAAAUUCAAUGUAAAAAGGGAUAAUGGUGGGGCUUGGACAUCUCUAUCAGUGGAUGCAAUAUUUAAUCACCUUUGAGAGGUGGAAUAAAUGUUACAGAGAGACUUUUUUGUCGAAUACUAAGUUGAUGCCUCCGCUAUUGAAGCUUGGAAAUGUGAACAUCAUGGAAAUCCUUAAAAUCAUCCAUUUCUCUUGUUUUGUAACUUCACUAGACUAGAAGACAGCCUGACAUCUCUUAAUGAGCUUGAAAAUGCUGUUGGCCCAGAAUGGGAAUCACUGCCAGAAGGAAUGCAUCACUCAACACUUCAACUUUCCUGAAAUUGAUAUUGACUAGCAAUGGUACCUGAUUUAAUAGGAUUUCUGUUCUUCAAUUGAAGCUUGUCAUCUACAACAUAUUUCAGUGAGGAACUAAAGCUGAUUGGAGUUCACAUUGGCCUUGCCUUCAUGUGAGUCUCCAAAUAUCUCUGCUAGAGGUGGGACUGUGACACCUCCCUUCUCUCCAAGACUGUAAACUGUCUGUGCAGAGAACAAUGUCUUUGUCUCAACAUAUUCCGCAUGUCACAGCCACUAAGAAGAACAUCUGUUUGAGAAUGAGGAUGAUGACAGUGGCAUACAAUUCAAAGGGAAGCCUCAUAACCAUAUGGAUUGGUGGCUUGACACCACUGGAAGGUAACAAUCCAUUGGCACUCUACACAGCCUCAAAAUCUCUUAACACAUAAGGAGAAGAUGCCAAAAGGAAAAUGACAAAUUUAUAUUGACAAGUAAUGGAUGGCUGGUGCAUGAAGGACUCACUGGUCUCUUUUAGUUCGAGUGAGUCUUCCACAAUUCCAGUUGGGUACACAAGCAAAAGAGAAUUGUUUUCCAUGCUAUUUGUGAGUGCUUGAGCCACCGUGACAACACAGUUAUGCUGUUUGAGCCCUUCAAUGUUCCAGAGACAAAUGUUGGCCAGUUAUGGAUGGCUGAUGAAUAUGAAAAGGGUUAUCUCAAUUGCAUCACCAACCUUAGCCCUCAGUUUUUGUUACUGGUCACAACCAUUCUUUCUAUUCAGUCUAUAGCUGAGAGUUGAGUGAGCAGCAUAUACUGCUGAAUCAGUAAAACAUGAGUUUGGUUAAUUCCCAUCUUUGAAGCUUCUCAAGCUUGGGAACCUAAAUGGUUUGCAUUGACCAUUGAAGGUAGCACUAUUCUUCUCAUAUCUGAAGUAGCCAGACUCAAUAGUUUGAAAAAGUACUUUGAAAGGGAGUACCAUUGCCAGAUAGAAUACUAACACUUUGGUGAGGAGCACAUGUAGUACUAAAUCAUAAGAAAAUUUGGUUUCCCCACUGUUCUAAAUUUUCUUGAGCAUGGGAAUCUAAAUACUCUGAAAUAUACUGACAGUAAUGGUAAUUACUUUUCUUCAUCUUCAUAUUCUAUUUCAUUGAAAGGGAAUUUGGUGUAUCACUCUUCCUAUUCUCAAAAUACUCUAACUUAGGUUAAGUAUUUUAUUGCAGAGGAUGUUUGAUCAUUACUUGGCUGAUUAUGUCAUCCUACAAUUGCCCUUGAAGUUAGAGCUACUUGUUGUACAUAUGCCUUGGCAUCCUAGAUCCAACGUGGGGUUGAUGCUACAAGAGCUACACUGAUGAUCCCAAAAUUGUCCAGGAAAUGACAAAUUAUGCCUGGGUUUCAAGGUGAGAUUCCUGCCAAUUCAAGGAAGGGCAUUCCUUAUGUUGGUGGAAAGUAAGUUCAAUCCACCUUCAUGUAAUAUAGUUGUGCGUAUUCUUCACAUUCUACUGAAAACAUGUCAGUCCUAUUGCCCAAACAAUUGGUUUCUGACCAAAAGAAAUUCAGAAGUUGUGUGGAAGAUAGCCUCAAAAUUGGUGGGAACUUCUCUAGAAAAUGAAUAUUCAGUGUCAAAUUGUGUCUCAAGUAAAUUCUAAAAUUUGCAAGGUACUUUUCUUUUGUGGUUCAUGUGGCAGCUUGUAAUUUCCUCCAUGAUAGACCUUUGCAAUGGCAAGCUAUAUAAAUUUAUUUAGCUAGCCUUUUUUUUUGUUAAAUUGGUUUUUCUUUUUUCUGAUACUAGCCGUUAUGAUUAAUUUACAUAUGCUUAUCUUUAAAAUAUUUUCAGAUGGCAAUUCUCUAAAACCUAGUUUUUGAAGUUGUUAAACUAUCCUGUUAUAUGCAAGUUCAUUUCCUUUCAUGUAUUUUGAAAGAUUACAAUAGGUGGGUUUUUAAUGAAACCUUAGAACUUCUUAUGCUUAACUGGAAAUUGGUAUUAAGGCUUCUGGUUUUGCAGAGUUUUUACCAAGUUGCCAAUGUAAAAUCGGAGUGGAACUGAAUCAAAACUUUCACUAUUUUGUCUGGCACAGGCAAAGCAACUUGAGUAAAAUUUGGUCUAGAUAGGUGCAAAAUACUUGGCUAUGGGAUCAAUGGAACGGAACCUCCACAUAUUUGGCCUCCUUGGAGAUGAUGGUCCAAUAGAGUCAUAAAACACCUUCAGCUCAACCUUAUUCCGGAAACAACCCUCUCAGUAUUUCCUGCAGCUGUUGGGUCAAGUGUAUUUUACAGGCUUUGAGUAAUGGUGGAAUUUUGAGCUUUAUCAUAUUUAAUCCGUUAAGAAUUCUGCAGCAAUCAUCCCUAGGUCCAGCGAGCUAUUGCGCCUGAUGAUUUACCAAAAGAGAACUGCACAAUGUCUUCAUUGGAGCCAAAUGUUUUACCAACUCCUACAGAUAGAAAGUCUCCUGGGGAAAAAGGUUGAGCGGCUCUACUAGAUACUCCAGGCAUCCAACUAUGAUGAUUUACUCUGCUAUCAAGAAUUAUGUCGUGUCCAUAAUGCUACUGAGUUCUCAACCGACAUUGGUUCAGAAUUAGAAGAAUCUACUAGAAAUCAUUCUCAGCUUGAUGGAUAUCAUCUUCAUGUAUGUUAACAAUAUCAUUUUACGUGUGAUUGCUGGGCAAGAUUCAGAAAGUUAUUGCUAAAUUCAACUGAGAUAUUGUAUCUUGUAGCCGUCCUUCAGAAGAUGGUACCAUUCCAUUGAAUAUCAUUGUAGAGGGCACCAAACUUUCCGUAGAGAAUGUGGAAUAUCUUCUCAUGAAGAGCCUUUCUGUAAGUCCAUGUAUUUCUGAAAUUUCGAUGAAUUGUAAAAUGUUUAAAAUUCAUUUUGAGCAUCUAUUGCUAAUUAGCUUCAUCUUCUUC